CCAAAAUACGCGAACCCGGAGCAACUUCCUCUCGACACACAGACCGACAAGCUUUCGGGUUCGAUUCGCGCUGCUUCUGCCAGUAAACUUCUGUCGUAACGCUUCCUGUUGGGGGCCUCCUGCAUCAUCGGCCAUGGACAUUUACUAGACUAUAUAGUAGAGCCGCGAGACGCUUUGUAUUGGCCUGAGUGCGGCUAGGGCUCUCGCCCGGCGGAAGCGCGCUGGUCCCAAAAUGGCCGAGUUUUCCAUCGGAUACUUGAUGCUAUGUAUCGGAUUGGUCAUAUGCUCUGGCAUUUGCUCAGGUCUUACACUGGGGUUGCUGUCCUUGGACAUGAUGGAGCUGGAGGUCCUAAAACGGAGCGGCUCGCCGCGGGAACAAACCCAGGCGAAGCGCAUCAUGCCCAUUCUGAAACACGCGCACUACCUGCUGGUCACACUGUUGCUGUGCAACGCCGGUGCCAUGGAGGCGCUGCCCAUCUUCCUGGACGAGCUGGUGACGCCCGCGGUGGCCAUUGUCAUAUCGGUGACGGCGGUUUUGUUCUUCGGGGAAAUCAUCCCGCAGGCCGUGUGUUCCAGGUACGGACUCGCCAUCGGCGCCAACCUGUCAUGGCUGGUGAUGGCCAUGAUGGCAGUCUGCUUCCCGAUCGCCUACCCCAUCUCCAAGCUGCUCGACUGGAUCCUGGGCCAUAGCCACCACACCCUGUUCCGGAGGACACAGCUCAAGGCCCUGGUGGAUCUACACGGCGAGGGCACCGGCUUCGGCGGCAAACUGACACGAGACGAGAUUAACGUCAUCACAGGCGCUCUGGACAUGACCCACAAGAUCGCGUUCAAGUCCAUGACGCCGCUGGACAAGGUGUUCAUGCUGUCGACUGAGGACACGCUGAACGAGGCGGUUGUGGAGAGCGUGCUGCGCUCCGGUCACAGCCGCAUCCCGGUGCACCGCGGCGGCGACCGGCAGGAUAUCCUGGGGCUGGUGCUGGUCAAGGAGCUGCUGGCGGCCGUGUGCAAGGGCGGCAAGGAUGCGCCGGUGUCGUCACUGCGAAUGCGGCAGCUGCCCCGCGUCUCAGCGGCCACAGCCAUGUACGACAUGUUCAAGCUCUUCUCCAUCGGUCGCACACACAUGGUCCUGUUGGUGCAGCCGGAUGAGAAGCAGCUGGAGGCAAUCCUGGAGGAGGUGGCUCCGGACCGGAGCUCGAGCAGCAGUAGCAGCAGCAGUAGCUCCAGCAGCGGCAGCAGCACCAGCGGCAGUAGCAGGGGCACGCGCGGCUCCGGCCGCCCCACAGCUGCCAUGCUGGCUGCUGCCGCCACGGCAAAUGACGGCGGCGGCGCGGCAGCAGCGGGGUUGUCGGCGUCAGCAGCGCCCCCGACGUCCGUUGCCCUGACUGGUCCCGGCGUGGCUGCGGUGGCUGGCGGCGGGGACGCAGCGGUCUCAGCAAUGGAGAUGGGCAUGGCGCAGCGCACGAGCACUCCACCGGGCGCUGUGGGGAUCACCCUCGCCAAGAGUUCAUCUGCCGCCGCCACCUUUGACGCCAAUGCCAACACCAGCAGCACCAACAACACCAACACAGCGAGCUUUGGGGCAGCAGAGGCGGCCGCGGCGGCUGCAGGUGGCUCCGCGCCGGCGCCGCCUCUGGGCAAGGCCUCCCGGGCCUUCAGCCUGCAGGCCGUCAAGUCCCUGCUCACGCCAGGCGGCGGCAAGAGCAAGCGCAAGCACCAUCAUCACCACAAGCACCACCACAAGCACAGCAGCCACGUUCGAAGCAGCGGCGGCGGCGGUGUGAGAGCCGGCGAGGGGGAGCAGCAGACCGGCGAGGGUGGCGCCGCUGCAGCUGGCGGCGGCGGCGCCGCUAUGGGUGCUGCUGGUGCAAGCCCUGAGGAGGGCGCAAAGCAGAAGGGCAGUGGCUGCGGCAAGCGAUCGGGCGGUGGCAAGGAGGGCUCAGCACACACGGCGUGGUCUGCGUCUGCCGGACCCGACGGUGCCAGCAACCACACCGCCCGCACCGACUGCCCUAGCACGGAGGACCAGCCGUACGGCACUUGGGACAGUCCACUGGGCAAGGCUGCGGCCUUGAAUGCAGACAACGCCGCCGCCGCCGCAGCAGCAGCCACGCCGCCGCCUCAUCCUCUUCAGAAGUCGCCGUUAACAGCUUUGUGCACGGCUACCCAGUCCGCCGCUGCCACGCCGGCGACACACGAGGCCGCCGGCGGUGCUGGCGGCGGCGGCGGGCGCUUCAAGCUGCGGCGGAGGUCGCGUCGGGGCUCGCGCCGGGCGUCGCGCCGUGGCAGUCGCCCCGUGAGUCGCCGCGGCAGCGACGACGGCGCAGACAGUGAUGGCGGCCGCAGCCAUAGCAGCAGCAGUAGCAGCAGCUCGAGCAGUAGCAGCAGUAGCAGUAGCAGCAGCAGUAGCGGCGGCAGCAAGGAGGACAACGCGCCGCUCAUUGAGGCGCUUGAAGUGCUUGAGGACCAACUGGAGGAUCAUCUGGCGGUGGCGGGUCAGCCGCUGGGCAUCCUGACCAUUGAGGACGUCAUCGAGGAGCUGCUGCGGGUGGAGAUCAUGGACGAGACAGACCAAUACGUGGACAACGAGCAAUCCAAGUCGGCGGUGGAUGCCAAGAUGGAGAUGAGCCAGGCGCUGCCGGAGCGGCUCAAGGCCGUGUUUGCGCUCUUCAGCGCGCGCGACACCUCGGGCAACCCCGGCACCCUGGCCCGAGCAGCCGGAGGCGCCGGCACCGCAGGUGGUGGCGGCGGCGGCGGUGGCGGCGGCGGCGGCAUACCGCACACCGACAGCCACAGCGCCCUGACCACUCUGGGGCUGGGCGGCAUGGGUGCCAUCCCCCUGGACCGCCUCCACCAGCUCCACCACCCACACCAUAAUGCCGUCGCCGCCGCCCCGCCGGGUGCGGCCGCCACUGCAGCUGCCGCCGCCGCGGCAGUGGCGGCAACACACGCCGGUCAUGCGGCAGCGGCGCCGCCGCUCAACAGCGCCGACGGCGGAGCCGUCACGCAAGGCAUUGCGGGAUCACUCCUUGCGCCGGCUGCAGGUGGCGGUGGCGGCGUAGGCAGUGGUGCAAAUGCACGUGCAAAAUCAGCAGCGGCUCUGGGGCCGUUGCCGGCGGCCGGCGGUUCAAGCCCGCCGAAGCCCGGUUUCGGAUUCGGGUUUGGCAUCAGCCCGCCGAGGAGUGGGUUGUUCGGGUCUGCGCCCAAGAGCGGUGGCGCAGUCGGCGCCAGCCCGCCCGCUGCUGCUGUGGCGCCAAUCGCGGCGGGCUCGGCAGGUUCAGUGGCUCCAGGGGCGGCGGCGGGCCUCUUGGGCGCGAGUGCGGCAGCGGGCGGUGCAGGUGGCGAGGUCUCCAGCGCUGCGGGUAGCCCGGUGGGCAUCCCCAUUCCCCAGCCGCACCUCCGCCACCACCACCACCACCACCACCACCAUGCCCACCACGGCACCCAGCAGCAGCAGCAGCAGCAGCAGUAGCUGCAGUAGCAGCAGUAGCCUGUGUCUACAGAUGGCGGGUCCGCGGGGCGCUGGGGUCCCCUGGGUUACGCAAGCGCUGCUGGCACAGGCAGUGCCGUUGGAGGUGGUGCACGUGGGGGUGAAUGACGCGCGUGCUGAGCGCACAUGGUGAACAUAGGACAGAAGCCCCUCGGGAUGAAAGAUUUGAAGGGGCAGCCUCUCCCUGCCAGGGUUGUUGGAAGUUGGUAGUCGGUGCCGAAAGUGGGUAGACGCAACAAUGUUGCAGGUGAAGGUGUAUAUGAUGGCCAGUGCUGAUGCAGGCAGAGGGGAAGGGAGAUACGAGCGCUGCGACUGGCUGGGUGCUGUGCUGGGCUCGUAGCUGAGCUGCUGGCUUUUCCGGCGGCAAGAGUGCUGACGUGCUGUUACCUCCCCUGGCUGUUUGCAGCAUGCGGUCGAAUGACGCUUGCUUCACACGGGGAGGGCGUGGGGGGAUGCGCGGCGCAAACCCGCCAAGGCACUCGAG